CCUAUCUCCCUCCCCCUUCCCCUCUGCAGUGGCAGUGGUGAUCUACCCGCCACCAAUCAUUGUUGAUAUCAGUCAUGGCAGCCACCAACAUCUUCUCUUCUCUCCUCAUCUUCCUCGUGUUCAUCUCUUAUCUCUCCCAUUUGGCCUUUGCUUCUAAGCACAAAAGAUCACCUACGGUGGCCGACGAUGCCGGUUGGUCGCCGGCCGGAGCGACAUGGUAUGGAAGCCCUGAUGGUGCCGGAAGUGAUGGGGGAGCUUGUGGGUAUGGAAGUGCAGUAGAAGAACCACCAUUCUCUUCUUUGAUAGCCGCUGGAGGACCUUCUCUUUUCAGUUCUGGCAAAGGAUGUGGCGCUUGCUAUCAGGUCAAGUGCUCGGAAAAUGAGAACACGGCAUGCUCCGGCCAGCCUGUCACGGUGGUGAUCACAGACGAGUGCCCCGGUGGACCCUGCUUGGAUGAGUCUGCCCACUUCGACUUGAGCGGCACUGCUUUUGGCGCAAUGGCUCUGCCCGACCAGGCCGGUGCUCUUCGCAACGUCGGGCGCAUGCAGAUACAGUAUAGGAGAGUUGCUUGUGGGUAUCCCGGCACCAACCUGACAUUCAAAGUGGAUCUGGGCUCGAACGCAUACUACUUCGCCGCCGUGAUCGAGUUCGAAGACGGCGAUGGCGAUCUUGGGAGCGUUGAUCUUGCACAGGCAUCACCAAGUCUUUCUGGAACAGAUCAAUGGCUGCCUAUGCAACAAUCUUGGGGAGCCGAUUGGAAGCUCAAUGCAGGAUCCCCUCUUCAAGCUCCCUUUUCCAUCCGCUUGACAUCGCUCAGUUCUGGCAAGACUGUUGUUGCAAAAGAUGUCAUACCCUUGGGCUGGCAGCCUGGUGCCUCCUACCAGGCACUGGUUAACUUCCAUUAGCACAUUACACACACCCACAGAAACAUACUUGUAUUCAUAUGGUUAGUGGGUAAUAAAAAUAAAUAUUU